AUGGGAUGCCGGCAGAGCUCGGAGGAGAAGGAGGCGGCGCGGCGUUCGCGGCGGAUCGACCGGCACCUCCGUUCGGAAAGCCAGCGUCAGCGGCGGGAGAUCAAGCUCCUGCUGCUUGGCACCAGCAACUCCGGCAAGAGCACCAUCGUCAAGCAGAUGAAGAUCAUCCACAGCGGUGGGUUCAACCUGGAGGCGUGUAAGGAGUACAAACCCCCUCAUCCUCUACAUGCCAUCGACUCCCUCACCCGCAUCAUCAGGGCCCUCGCCACCCUCAAGAUCGACUUCCACAACCCGGACCGCGCCUACGACGCUGUGCAGCUUUUCGCCCUCACCGGCCCCGCCGAGAGCAAGGGCGAGAUCACGCCGGAGCUCCUAGGGGUGAUGAAGCGUCUUUGGGCCGACGCCGGGGUUCAGGAGUGCUUCUGUCGCUCCAACGAGUACCACUUGGAGGACAACACGGCGUACUACCUGAACGACCUGGACCGUAUCUCGGCGCCGGAGUACAUCCCGACUGUGGAAGACAUCCUGCGCUCUCGCGACAUGACCACGGGCAUCGUGGAGAACAAGUUCACCUUCAAGGAGCUCACCUUCAAAAUGGUGGACGUGGGAGGCCAGCGUUCAGAGAGGAAGAAGUGGAUUCACUGUUUCGAAGGUGUCACUGCCAUCAUUUUCUGCGUAGAGCUCAGUGGCUAUGACCUCAAGCUCUACGAAGACAACCAAACGAGUCGUAUGGCAGAAAGCCUGCGCCUGUUCGACUCCAUCUGCAACAACAACUGGUUCACCAACACCUCUCUCAUCCUCUUCCUAAAUAAGAAGGACCUUCUGGCUGAGAAGAUCAAGCGCAUUCCGCUGACCGUGUGCUUCCCCGAUUACAAGGGCCAGAACACCUACGAGGAGGCCGCGGUCUACGUGCAGCGACAGUUCGAGGACCUGAACCGCAACAAGGAGACCAAGGAGAUCUACUCCCAUUUCACCUGCGCCACCGACACCAGCAACAUCCAGUUUGUGUUCGACGCCGUCACGGACGUGAUCAUCCAAAACAAUCUGAAGUAUAUCGGGCUGUGCUAG